AGCUUGGACAUGUUGUAGAAUACUAGAAGCUCCUUAAUGAUGCAACAUCACUGCGCAGUUCUUCACACGGUGCUAUCACUAUCCGUGAAAUGCCAGACAGCAACUAGAUCCCUUUUCCUAGCUGUAAAUAAAUCAAAGACUUAUCUAACCAAGAAGUUACCACAGUUGCUGCUUUCAUUAAGCACCUUCUUUGUGUGCAGUUUCCUCCAACAGGAUUUGACUCUCUAAAAUGUGAUUACAUCUUCCAUUCACAAAUCAGUAAAUCAGUCACUGCACCACGUGUCAGCCAUGAAUUAAACAUUUGUUGUAGCCGCACUUUCUACUGUGGAACCUUAAGUGAGGAGCAGGGUUGUGAUCUUAAAAUGGAUUGAUCUGUCUAAAAUGAUUCCCUCCGGAUUUACAGGCUAAAAGCACGCCAGGGGUUUAGCGUCUUGACAUCUGUUUAAUUAGCUGUCUUCAGAAUCCUGCACUAAGAAGACACUAAGCCAGUGCCUUCUGUCAGACGUCAAGAAGGUUGGCAAGGUUUUCUAAGCUCUCAAGGAUACAUGGUGCGAUCAUUGCACAUAGUCGUCAGAAUGACCAAUUUGUCAUGACGUUUUGUUUUUGCAUUUAAAUGUUUAUAGUGAAAACAAGCAUGUGUUGCUGAGGAACAAUCUCCAUCAAAAUGGGGGAGUUGAAGAAGGAAGACGUUGAAAAAUACCUAGAAAAUAACCCUCAGUUCGCAAAGGAAUAUUUCGACAGAAAGUUAAGGAAUGAGACUGUUGGGGCCUUGUUCAACAACAAACAGUUGGACAUCAAAGAUGGAGUUUCGUUUCAUGACCUGUCAAAGUUGGAAGAAACCGACAUCUUGUUGGAGUUGGUAAGAGAGAUCCAAGAUGCCAGUAACAUGGAGAAGACCAUUCAUAAGGUUCUGCAAAGGUUGGCUUUUCUCCUACAAGCCAGCUACUGUAGCUUCUUCAUACAAAGGGCCAGGAACGGAAUACCUGAGCUCGCCACCCGCCUCUUCAACGUCACAAAAAACUCUAAGUUCGAAGACAACCUGGUAACACCUGAAGGUGAAAUAGUUUUUCCUUUGGACAUUGGUAUUGUGGGAUGGGUGGCUCAUACAAAGAAGACGUUCAAUGUACCUGAUGUGAAAAAGAACACACAUUUCUCAGACUUUGCAGACAAGCAGACCGGGUUUACUACAAACAAUAUGUUGGCUACACCUAUUAUACAUGGAACGGAGGUUCUAGCUGUUAUAAUGGCCCUUAACAAACAGAAUGCACCAGCUUUUUCAAAGGAGGAUGAAGAGGUCUUCACAAAAUAUCUAAAUUUCAUAUCCAUUGUUCUUAAACACUUCCAUGUGUCCUACCUCCAUGGCGUUGAAGCCAGGAAAAGCCAGAUCUUGCUUUGGAGCGCCAACAAGGUGUUUGAGGAACUGACGGACAUUGAGCGGCAAUUCCACAAAGCUCUAUACACUGUCAGGAUAUACUUGAACUGCGAGCGCUACUCAGUUGCAUUGCUGGACAUGACGAAGGAAAAGGAGUUCUAUGAAGAAUGGCCAAUUAAACUAGGAGAAGUACCACCUUAUAAAGGACCAAAGACCCCCGAUGGAAGGGAAGUUAAUUUUUACAAGAUUAUUGAUUAUCUUUUGCAUGGAAAAGAAGAGAUUAAAGUUAUCCCGACGCCACCUGAGGAUCACUGGUCUCUUGUCAGCGGGCUGCCAUCGUACGUUGCUGAGAACGGAUUUAUUUGUAACAUGAUGAAUGCACCAGCAGAUGACUUCUUCAAAUUUCAGAAAGGGCCAGUGGAUGAGACGGGAUGGUCUAUCAAAAAUGUGCUUUCUCUGCCAAUUGUAAACAAGAAGGAAGAGAUUGUUGGUGUGGCUACAUUUUACAAUAGAAAAGAUGGAAAACCCUUUGAUGAACAUGAUGAGCAAAUCACAGAAGCCCUGACACAGUUCCUUGGGUGGUCUGUUCUGAACACUGAUACCUAUGAGAAAAUGAAUAAACUGGAGAAUAGGAAAGACAUUGCCCAAGAGAUGCUGAUGUACCAGUUGAAAUGUACCCCUCUAGAACUUCAGAGUAUCUUAAAAACCAAAGAAAAGUUAAAAAGAAAUGUAGAAGAUUGUGAAGAGAAAGAACUAGUGAAGAUAUUGGCAAAGGAGCUGCCAGACCCAGCGGCACUGGAACUCUAUGAAUUCCACUUCAGUGACCUGCCAGUGUCCGAACACGAGCUCAUAAAAAGUGGGAUAAGACUGUUUGUGGAACUAAAAGUUGUGGAGAAAUUUAAGGUGCCUGCAGAGGUCUUAACAAAAUGGAUGUACACAGUGAGAAAAGGAUAUCGAGACAUUACUUACCACAACUGGCGACAUGGGUUUAAUGUAGGACAAACAAUGUUUACACUGCUAAUGACAGGUAAACUCAAGAAAUAUUAUUCUGACCUGGAGGCCUUUGCCAUGGUGGCGGCUGCUUUCUGCCACGAUAUUGACCACAGAGGAACCAAUAAUUUGUACCAAAUGAAGUCCCAGGCACCCCUAGCAAAGCUUCAUGGAUCCUCAAUCUUAGAGAGACAUCACUUAGAGUUUAGCAAGACUUUGCUGGAAGAUGAGAGUUUAAACAUUUUCCAGAAUCUAAACAAGCGACAGUUUGAAAAUGUGAUUCAUCUGUUUGAAGUCGCAAUCAUAGCAACAGACCUGGCUUUGUAUUUCAAGAAAAGAACGAUGUUUCAGAAGAUUGUUGACACGACAGAGAAGAUGACGACUGAGGAUGAAGCAAUAAAAUACAUUAUCACUGACCCCACUAAAAAGGAGAUAAUCAUGGCCAUGAUGAUGACAGGGUGUGACCUGUCUGCCAUUACUAAGCCCUGGGAAGUACAGAGUAAGGUUGCCCUUAUGGUAGCAAAUGAAUUCUGGGAACAAGGAGACUUGGAGAGAACGGUGCUUCAACAACAGCCUAUUCCAAUGAUGGACAGGAACAAAGCUGAGGAGCUGCCCAAGCUUCAAGUUGGUUUUAUUGAUUUUGUAUGUACAUUUGUGUAUAAGGAAUUUUCCCGGUUCCAUAAAGAAAUUACCCCCAUGUACGAUGGACUUCAGAAUAACAGAGUUCAAUGGAAAACACAAUCUGAUGUUUAUGAAGAAAAGAUGAAAAUUUUAGAGGAGCAAAACAAACAACAUGAAAACGAUGUGGGGGUUAAGAAAGGCACAGAACAAGCUGGAGGAGACGGUGGCCAGCCAGACAAAUCAAAGACAUGUACAGUUUUGUAGAAGACAACGGUCAAAAACAGGAAGAGUGCGACUGAAGACUGAGUCAAGCAACACUACUUAUGUUCUCAUAUGAAAAGGUUGUUGAUUUGGAAUUUAGAAUAUAGGAUAGCGGUGGGGAGUUUAUUUUAUCUAUUGGUUGUUAAUACUAAUAAAACCACUGGUAAGAACA